UUCCCGCAUCCUCGUGUUUGUUGCGUUCACUGCUUUCCGUGAAGCGCUGAACGCUUUUCUGUGCUUUGCUUUGCUCUCUCGCUCUCUCUUCGCCAUCGCCUUCGAUCACCUCUUCUGCUUCGUCUUUCGACCUCAUUCCCAUGCUCCGGUGUAGUUGAGCUCUCGGUGGAACCUCACAGCGUGUGAUUUGGUGCUGUGUGGCAGGUUUCCGACUCGGCCGAGCCUGUCUGGGUUGCUAUCAAACAAAAUGGCGUUUAAUGGAAAUGGUAAUGAGGUCCCGGACUUCGAGUUCAUGAGCUCGGUGGUUCCAAAUGGCCUUUCUAAAAUCAACACUAAGUCUACUGAGGUAUGCAAGGACGAUACGACACCUCCAGUGAAGGUGACGAAUGUUGAAGAGUUGCACGCCUUACAGAGGAAGAAAGCGUCCGCCCCGACUACUCCAAGGACAGCCACGAACCCUUCCACGCCCAGGAGCAUGACUCCUCGCUCGUACGUUUCUGAGGAGGAGCUUCACAAACAGCAGAUGCACUCUGUUAGCGCAUCCUUGGCCUCUUUGACCCGCGAUCAGGGACCUCAGGUUAUCAAGGGAGAUCCAGCCAGGAAAAGAGGCCCUCUUAAGUCUGUGGUCGCUCCCAGACUCGACAUCAGUGACAGCGCUUUGAAGUUUACGCACGUCCUGUACAACUUGUCGCCUUCUGAGCUGUAUGAACAAGCAAUCAAGUUUGAGAAGGGCUCUUUUAUCACAUCAUCUGGAGCACUUGCUACCAUGUCUGGUGCCAAGACUGGCCGUUCUCCUAAAGACAAACGUGUGGUGAAGGAAGAGACCUCACAAGAUGACUUGUGGUGGGGGAAAGGUUCCCCAAAUAUUGAGAUGGAUGAAGAGACUUUUUUGGUUAAUCGCGAGAGGGCGGUUGACUACUUGAAUUCCUUGGAGAAGGUCUUUGUAAAUGAUCAGUUCCUUAACUGGGAUCCUGAGAACCGUAUCAAAGUCCGAAUCAUAUCUGCCCGUGCAUACCACUCACUUUUCAUGCACAACAUGUGCAUUCGCCCUACCCCUGAAGAGCUCGAGGAUUUUGGAACUCCGGACUUCACAAUCUACAAUGCCGGACAAUUUCCUUGCAAUCGCUAUACCCACUACAUGUCAUCGUCAACUAGCAUAGAUUUGAAUCUCAAAAGAAAAGAGAUGGUGAUUUUGGGGACCCAAUAUGCUGGAGAGAUGAAGAAGGGUCUCUUCAGCCUCAUGCACUAUUUGAUGCCCAAAAGAGGAAUUCUGUCGUUGCACUCAGGCUGCAACAUGGGAAAGGCAGGGGAUGUGGCGUUGUUUUUUGGAUUAUCAGGUACUGGUAAGACGACUCUUUCAACUGAUCCUAAUCGCCAGCUUAUCGGUGAUGACGAGCACUGCUGGAGUGAUACGGGUGUUUCGAACAUUGAGGGAGGGUGUUAUGCAAAAUGCAUUGAUCUCUCUGCCGAAAAGGAGCCAGAGAUUUGGAAUGCUAUCAAGUUUGGAACUGUGCUAGAAAACGUCGUCUUCGAGGAGCAUUACAGGGAAGUUGACUACUCCGACAAAUCAGUAACUGAAAAUACGAGGGCUGCUUACCCCAUCGAGUUCAUUCCCAACGUCAGGCUGCCUUGCGUUGGACCUCAUCCAAAGAACGUGAUAUUACUCGCGUGUGACGCUUUUGGUGUCUUGCCUCCCGUGAGCAGAUUGACACAUGCACAAACCAUGUAUCAUUUUAUCAGUGGCUACACUGCUUUGGUCGCAGGGACCGUGGAGGGUGUGAAGGAGCCUACGGCCACUUUUUCAGCAUGCUUUGGAGCUGCUUUCAUUAUGAUGCAACCAACCAAGUAUGCUGCCAUGCUUGCCGAGAAAAUGGAGCGAUAUGGUGCUACUGCAUGGUUGGUCAACACUGGCUGGACUGGCGGCAGCUAUGGUGUCGGAUCGAGGAUGAAACUUGCCUACACAAGGAAGAUCAUUAAUGCCAUUCAUGAUGGGUCUUUGCUGAAUGCUGAAUACGUGGAAACUCCGAUUUUCAACUUGUCUGUGCCAACUGAGGUCAACGGGUUGCCAAGUGAAGUUUUGCAGCCACAGAACGCGUGGUCAGAUAAGAAGCUUUACAACGAGACCUUGAAGAAGCUUGCUGGGCUUUUCCAGAAGAACUUUGAGCUAUACGCCGAUUACAAGGUUGGUGGAGAUAGCAAGCUGACGCAGAAGAUUCUUGAAGCUGGGCCUGUUCUGGAGUAAUUUUGAUGAGAUGAGUGUAAAUGUCGAACGACUUGGAGAUUGGAUGAAAGUCUGCCAGACAAUCAGUUGUGGUUCCCUUCACUGCAAGAAUUUGGAGAAAAGUUCAAGCUGGAUGAUGAUGACUAACAUCUAGGUUAGACUAAGUUAAUGCGGGUUGAGCCCUUGCAGGGAAAUAUUUUUACUGCCUGGGUUAUAGAACUUAGGUGGCAAUUCCUCUUCUAAAUUCUCUGUCCAUAUUUUAACUUAACUCCUGUGUAUACUCUGUCUUUGAUCUAAUAAUAGUACUUCAUUUUCUUCGGUA